GGUCUGAUAAAUCAUUAUUUCAGGGAUUGAUUCCCUAGUUCUAUUUUUUUUUUUAUGUUUGAUUUGGGUGAUUUCGUAGUUCAAUUUUUCAAACUAGGGUUUAGCAGAAUUUGUGGUGUUAUCUUUUCUGAUUUCGUAGCCUUUCAAGCGUUAUGUUGAGAUCGGGAGAGUUGCUCUCGUUAACUACGGAGAAAAUUAUGGUAAACUUGUAGUCAUUGUUGAUGUCAUCGACCAAAACAGGAACAGGCACUUGUUGAUGCUCCUGAUAUGGUUAGAAGCCAAAUGAGCUUCAAAAGGCUCUCGUUAACAGACAUCAAGAUUGACAUUGGUAGAACCCCCAAAAAGAAGGUUUUGAUUCGCGCCAUGGAGGUUGCAGAUGUUAAGAAGAAAUGGGAAAGCAGCUCUUGGGGUAGAAAGUUUAAUGUUCAGAAGAAAAGAGCAUCCUUGAAUGACUUCGACAGGUUCAAGGUCAUGUUGGCAAAGAUCAAGAUGGCUGAAGAUGUUCGUCAGGAGUUUUUCCUGUUGAAGGAACAUGCUGCUAGGACGGAGAUCGCCAUCAGGGUCUUGAAGCGGAGGAAGGCUGAGCUGGAGCACCAGGCUGCAUAAUCUUUUGUUCUCCUGCUCUAGACUAAAAAACUGCAUUAGUGUGUAAUAUACUUGUACUGGAUUAUGUUAUGGGAAGCUUAGCCAGCAUACUUUCUCUGUAUCUUGAGUCUUUGCUUUCUGGCAGAUAUUUUCUUUUAGUUUCUUUA